GGCCAGUAUACGCAAAAUAACAACGCAAAGGUUUGCGUGGAUUUGAUCCCUCCCACUCCAACCCCCCGGAUGAAGCUUUCUGAACGUUCCAGCCAAGACCUCGUUACAGUACACGGAGCUGCAGCUAUGCUUUGUUUUUUGUGAACUUAAAUGUCAGGACGGUUUUUCGGGAAUGGAUGGGUAAAGGGUGUUGAUCUGAUGCAGCUAUGAGGGCCAACAGUUUGGAAUCAUCUUUAAACAGCUCAUUGUGAGAGCUGCCUUGGGAUUAACCACACACAGAGGUUAACCAGCACAAAGAGUGGACAUUUCUGUACGUGCUUGGAUGGCAACGUGAAUUGGAUUCAUUCAACCAACAUAUUGUGCUUCUUGAGAUAGAAAAGCCAUGUUUGAUUAGUAAACUGAUAGGAUACCCGCAACUGCAAGGAAAAUCCAGAAGAGUGGAACAGUCCAGUCAACGGUAGAGGAAGAGCUGCUGAGGACCCGGAAAUGACCAGCUUGUUCAGACGCAACAGCAAUGGAGGCUCCAGGAAUGGAGGACCUGAUGGAGGCGGCGGCCCGACCUCAGGACAGCUCAACAACAGCAGGCCCAACCGGCAAAUCCGCCGGCUGGAAUUCAACCAGGCCAUGAUGGAUUUCAAGACCAUGUUCCCUACCAUGGAAUACGAGGUCAUUGAGUGUGUGCUACGUUCUAACAAUGGGGCAGUGGAUGCCACCAUUGACCAGCUUCUCCAAAUGAGCAUUGAUGGGAACUGUUCAGAUGACAGCUCCGACUCAGAGGACAGCAUUUCUCCUGAGAUUCUGGAGAGAACUUUGGAGCCUGACAGUUCAGACGAGGAACCGCCCCCCGGCUACUCUCCUCCAACAUACGACCUGCACGCACAUGACAGGAAGUAUCCACAGGCUCCUCCCCCAAGGUUUGAAGCCCAGCCGUCUACUCUUUGCCAGGUGGGAAGCUACCGGCACUGGAAUCCUCCGCUUUUAGGGAACCUCCCAGAAGACUUCCUACGCAUCUUGCCCCAACAACUAGAACACAUUAAAAGCCAACAGACGACCCGGGCCCGCUCCGCGCCGGCCACUGGGGGAACCGGCAGUGCCUCAGGGUCAAGAGGGGCAGCUACUGAACCGGAGGGGAAGCUGAAACAGUACCUGGAAGAUGAGCGCAUUGCCAUGUUCCUGCAGAAUGAGGAAUUCAUGAGGGAGUUGCAGCGAAACCACGAUUUCCUUAUUGCUCUGGAAAGAGAUCGCUUGAAGUAUGAAUCAAAGAAGUUGAAGUCCAAUCAUUCAUCUAGCCUGGAGAAUUCUGCAGGGGAGCAUUGUCCUUCCAACCCCGGGGAAUCGGAUGAGGCCCUGUUCCAGGACAAACUCAAACACAUGGGCAAAUCCACAAGAAAGAAGCUGUUUGAAAUUGCCAGAACCUUCUCAGAAAAGACUAAGCGGAAAAAGUCUAAACGGAGGACACUGCUGAAACACCAUUCUCUUGUCACAGCGAACUCAACGGCCAAUCUCCUGGAUGCUGUGGAGGGAAACCCCUGUGAGGAGGACGGCCAGUCUAGAAGAGUGGACAUCCCGGAGGAGAGUGAACAACACAAGUCUUGAUCUUUCUAAGGAUUCAUGGCUGCUGCUGUUUGAACCUGUAGACUCCUGGCUCCUGGAGAACAACCUCCCAUCCAGAGGAACAUUCAGAACUGUCCGCAGAUCUCUAUUGCAACAAAGUGUUAACCAGCAUUUUCUCUUUCAUUGCUUAUUCUUAUGGAGUGAACCACACACAAUAAAUAAUGAAGUAACUUUCAAUGUACAUUAGCUGUAUUAUUAUAAUUAUUUCUGUAUUUCUGUAUUUUUCUUGUUUUUUUCUGUAUGGAUAUAUUUUAUUCCCAUAUUUAUUCCCCUAAACAUUUAUUUCCACAUCUAUGUAUAUAUGAAUAUAUUUAUUUCUGUAAUUGCUGUGAUCUUAAUGAGAGGUUUGGAUGAUGUUUGGACCAGCUCCUUAAGAACUAUAACCUUUCAGCUGAGACAGACAAAUAAUUCUCUUUAGCAGUCUUUUUCAGUAUUUUGAUAGCUCAAAAACGAGGCCGCCGGCAUUUCAAUCAAUGGUAAUCACAUGAAGAUUGUACUUUCUAUCAGAUAUAUUCAUUUCUGCAACACAAUAUCAGGGAAUAAAGAAAACGGAAAUAAAAGUGUUGGAAAAUUGUUUGAAUUGGAUGUGGAGCUAAAUAGAAAUGAAAGUAGAAAAAAAUUAUUUAAUUUGAUUUCACACAUUUCCUCUAUUUUUUUCAAAGGUGAAUUUUGGCCCUGCAUAUUUUGAGAUGUAGUACCAUUCCUGCCCUCUGAGCAUUAAAUAGUAGUCUGAGGGCUGAGGUGUCUUUUAUGACUAGACCACAUUCUUCUGCCUUUUCUUAAACAUACUGUGGCAUUUCAUACCGUUUCCCUAGAACACAUAUCUGCCUGGCUACGAGAGGGACUACUGACGUGAUAUCAAUAGUUGAUACAAAUACAUAGCAAGACUGAAAUGUCUAGUUUAUCAGAUUUUAAUCAACUUGAUAUUUAGGCCUUUAUUUGAUGCCCUGCAACAUGGUUCAGUCUGGGUCCUUCGUUCCCUCCCUGCCUGCCGGUUGGAGGCAGUUCAAGGCCCUUUGGCAGUCUUCAUAUGUUUAAUGGACGAAUUAUAUAAAUGGGCCAACGGCGUAUCUCCUCGCACAACAUCUAUUCCAACAGGCAUCUACUUAGUUUGAUUCUUUAGUUUGCUUGCUAUGUGUGUCCACACAUGGUGUGUCUGCGGGUCCGUGAAACCGGGUGGAUGACUACAUCACAGCCUCCGACCUACGUCCGCAAUGCGCGUCCGUGGACUGCUGCGGAUUGUCACGUCAGUCCGACUCCGGACCCUCAGAGUAUCCACUUCAGUCUGCUCCCACUAAUGCGUGUUUCCUGAUCCUAACUUCUUCCAGGAGUACAACACCCCUUGUGUGUCCUUAUAUUCCUUAAAAAAAACUGAACAUUUGGGUAAGGGCAGAUCUCCUGGCACAUGUUCACUUCAAAAGAAACAUCUUUGUGUCCUGGAGCAUGAGCAGUCUGCGCACUUGCUAUGCGUACUGGACGGUAAAAGGCGGAUCCUUGCGGACACGUGGAAGCGGAGGGAAUCCAAGGGUACUCUUUCAAGCAUUCGUGAGGUAUCUCACAUAUGGGGUACGCCUCCCCGCGUAUCCCUCAGAAGCACUUUGUCACUACGGCAGCCAUGAUUGGCUAGCCA